UCAUCAACCUCUCUGCCAAAAAUCAACUACUGAAUUUCCUCUCAGGUCUCCCAAUGUCUGCAAUACUUUUCCUUCUCUCCUUCCUCUUCAUGGUGGCUUCUGAUUUGGUGUUUUCUCAGUCCUCAUGGUCCCAGAAUUACCCACAUUAUCCACUCUUGUUUUCAGGUCAAGAAAGUUUCAGAAGUGUUAACAGGCUUUCGAAGCCUUUAAUUGGAGAUGGUGGAAGAAUUUAUGCUUGUUCUGAGAAGAUGUUAUUAGCAUUUGAAAGUAAUGGUUCCAUUGCUUGGUUAUUACCUUUGAGUUUGAAAUGCAACAUGUCUAAAGCCCCAGUUCAUGGGGGCAGAGGAAAGAUAUAUUUGAUUGCAGAAAACAGGGUACUUCAAAUCAAUAUCAUGAAAGUUGGAACUUCAGAACCUGCGAUCCAAGUUCUCUUUGAUCCUGGACCUGGUCAGCCGGGAGACGAAAUUGUUGGGCUUGCUGUAAACACGUUAUGGUCAUCUGUGUUUAUCAAUGUUAAAAAUCGGGGUUUGUUUGCGUAUAUGACACGGGGACAACUACUUUGGAGUGCUGGACCUGUGCUAGAUCAUUAUGGCUACAAGCAAGGUUGCAGGAAAGGUGUUUCAGAUUGUUAUUUUGCUUCAGUCCCUGUGAUUGAUCAAUGUGAGGCUAGUGUCUAUAUCUCAAAUACUGGAGGGGAACUUUAUUCUGUGGCAGUUCGUAGGCCUCAGUUUAAAUGGAUUCAGGACUUGAGUUCAUUUGAUAGGGUUUACACUGUUACACCAGGAAAUAAUGGCCGCUUAUAUGUUACUGUACCGGUUAAAUCUCUUAUCCUGGCACUAGACGUUUCUUCAGGAAAUGUCCUCUGGCAGAAAAGUAUUGGGCCACUAAGUACUGCUGAAUCUUCAGCACUGGUUGAUUCUUAUGGUUGGGUGACAAUUGGUUCAUUGGAUGGAUUCCUAUACUCAUUUUCACCAACUGGGACUCUCAAGAAGUUUCCAAAAGUAUCUGCAUUAGAUUCUGUGAUCCAAUUUAGUCCUUUCCUUGAUUGCUCUGGCUAUGCAGUAUAUUUUUGUCAGACAGAAAUGGAGGGAAAGGUUAUCCACGUGAACGACCAAUACACUUAUGUCUCAGCAAUGAAACCAAAAGGUUCAGUCUUCACCUUGAUGGUUCCAGCUACUGGCAAAAUCUACUGGUCUGAAAGCCAUCAAGGCCCGUUUUUAUCCUCAUUGUCUAAGAGUGAUCUGCAGAACUUUGUACUGGAUGAGGGCAUGCUUCUUGCUUUUGUCACUGCUUCGAACACUGGCAACCGGCUACCUUGUCGCAGCGAGGCUCUGAAGCUUGCAUCUAGCUGCUCCCAAGGAACAUGCAAGCGCGUCAGUAUCUACACAGGUAAUAGAAGGGCCAUAAUUCUCUUCCUGUUAUUCGAGUCCCUGCUCUUGGUAGUUUUAGCUGCAGUCAUGUGGUUCUGUUGUAUCUUUUGGAGGAAAAAGAAGCUUCAAGAUCAAGGCCUUGGACGCUUUCUAGAAAAGCGAAGAUCUCUCCAACUUAAGAAGAAAGCAUUUGAUAGGACAAUUACAGAACUUGAGCAUGAGGAUGCAGAGGAAGCAUUAGCCAAUGAAGCAACAGAAAAACUUGGUGAAUUGGUACGAGAAAGGCAAGGCAUUGAGAGAAAGCUGUCAACAACCUACAGUUUGGGUAGGGAUAGAGCAGGAGGUUCAAAAUCAAAAUCUCUUCCAUUAUAUGGUGGAAGAACAAGGAGCUAUUCUUUCCAAAGGGCAAAGAAAGAAAGUGUUACCAUUUUCCACACUUUAAGCAACACAUCUUCUGACGAAAGUAGCAGUGAGAGGGAAGCUGUUUCAGAUUCUGAAGGAGAGGAGGCUGCUUCCAAAGGCAAGUUAAAGAUGCCCGUUGAAACUGAAAGUUCAAGUGAUGAUGAACAGCUUGGAAGAAAAUAUCAAAGAAGUCCAUCAGAGCCAGCUUCCAGCUCAAAAGGGUAUAUGAAUUAUCUGUUUGUUGAGCAAGAAUCGGGGGAGGAAAAGUUUGAUGACGAGGGAGAGGUGGUGGAAUCCAAGCCAAGCAGUGGCUGA